CUCCCCACACUCACACACACACACACACACACACAUAGAUCAGUGCAACGCUACAGACUUGGCCCAUGAUGUGCACAGACUUAGCUGCCAGCACAGAAUGAGAGGCUGAGGCGGCCGCCUGCAUGCGAUGUGCAAUGAGCAGCUCGGUGCCUGCACUUCCCCGCUUCCCUGACAGCUGCAAGGGAGAGAAGGAGAAUUUUUAGCAAGUAAGGCAAUUUGGAGUGACAUGCACAGGAUCCCUCCCCCUACACAGCCACUGAUUAACCAGGACAUGCAAUGGGCUCAGCGCAACAAUCCUGACGAUCUGGAUUGGGGAACAGCACCGAAUAGAGGAUCUGCCAACACAGGGAAUUGCCCGAGGGGUGUCGGCUCCAUCUGUCAGAAGUUUUACUCAGCUCUAGCAGUUCCCAGUUAAAUUUAUGUAUGGCUCAUCUAAAGUUGCAGCCUCUGGCAUCCUCCUUUCUUCAUUUUGGACUGGUUACCUUUGUCCUUUUCCUUCAGAGCUUGCAUGUCGAAGCCAGUGCCAGCCCCAACCCCCCAAAUACAGUACAGAACAACUCCUGUUCAGGAUCAUAUGAGUGUAAGGAGGGUGUCAUUUUGCCAAUAUGGUACCCCGAAAAUCCAUCUAUGGGGGAUAAAAUUGCCAGAGUCAUUGUGUACUUUGUGGCAAUGAUUUACAUGUUUCUUGGCGUGUCCAUCAUUGCAGAUCGCUUUAUGGCAUCCAUUGAAGUUAUAACAUCACAGGAAAGAGAGAUUGUCAUAAAAAAGCCCAAUGGAGAGACUUCUACCACUACUAUUCGGAUAUGGAAUGAGACCGUCUCUAACUUGACUCUCAUGGCUCUAGGCUCAUCUGCACCUGAAAUCCUCUUGUCUCUGAUUGAGGUAUGUGGUCAUGGAUUUCUUGCAGGUGAUCUUGGCCCAUCUACUAUAGUUGGGAGUGCAGCUUUUAACAUGUUUAUUAUUAUUGCACUCUGUGUCUAUGUCAUACCUGAUGGAGAAGUUAGAAAAGUAAAGCACCUCAGAGUAUUUUUUGUCACGGCGGCAUGGAGCAUUUUUGCAUAUAUAUGGUUAUACAUGAUACUUGCUGUGUUCUCUCCAGGAGUAGUGCAAGUCUGGGAAGGUUUGCUCACUUUAUUUUUUUUCCCUGUGUGCGUUGUUCUGGCAUGGGUAGCUGACAAACGCCUUCUAUUCUACAAAUAUAUGCACAAAAAGUAUCGUACUGAUAAACACAGGGCAAUCAUGAUUGAGACAGAAGCAGAUCAUCCGAAGGGGAUUGAAAUGGAUGGCAAGGUGAUGAAUUCUCACUUUCUGGAUGGGAAUCUCUUAAACAUGGAUGGUAAAGAAGUGGAUGAAUCACGAAGAGAUAUGAUAAGGAUCCUAAAGGAGUUAAAACAAAAGCAUCCUGAGAAAGACUUGGACCAGUUAGUAGAAAUGGCAAACUAUUAUGCUUUGUCUCAUCAGCAGAAAAGCAGAGCUUUUUAUCGUAUACAAGCCACUAGAAUGAUGACAGGAGCAGGUAAUAUUUUGAAAAAACAUGCCGCUGAGCAAUCAAAAAGAAGUUCCAGCUUGCAAGAUAUCUGCCUGGAUGAGUCCGAGGAGUUUGUGUCAAAGAUUUAUUUUGAUCCAUGCUCCUAUCAGUGUCUUGAGAAUUGUGGUGCUGUUCUCUUAACAGUAGUGAGGAAGGGUGGUGAUAUCUCCAAAACAGUUUUUGUUGACUACAAGACAGAAGAUGGCUCAGCCAAUGCAGGUGCUGAUUAUGAGUUUACAGAGGGGACGUUGGUCUUUAAAUCUGGGGAAACCCAAAAGGAGUUUUCAGUUGGGAUUAUUGAUGAUGACAUAUUUGAAGAAGAUGAGCAUUUCUUUGUAAGGCUUAGCAAUAUACGAAUAACAGAGGCACCAGAGCCAGCAGAGCCUAAUAGCUUUAGUUAUCCAAAGGCUGUCCUUGUCUCACCCUAUAUUGCUUCAAUUACUAUCUUGGAUGAUGACCAUGCUGGCAUAUUUACAUUCGAAUGUGACAUAAUACGCGUUAGUGAAAGCAUUGGUGUGAUGGAGGUCAAAGUUCUUAGGACAUCAGGCGCUAGAGGAACAGUCAUAGUGCCAUUUAGGACAAUUGAGGGGACAGCCAAAGGAGGCGGAGAAGAUUAUGAAGAUUCUUAUGGAGAACUGGAAUUCAAGAAUGAUGAAACUGUCAAAACUAUUCAGAUCAAAAUAUUUGAUGACGAGGAGUAUGAGAAAAACAAGACUUUCUUCAUUGAACUGAGGGAGCCCCACCUUGUGGAUCUGAGUGUACAGAAAGCACUGCUGUUGAAUCAAGCAGCAGAUCUCACAGAAAGGAAGCUGUCCGUGGAGGAGGAAGAAGCCAAGCGAAUUGCUGAAAUGGGGAAGCCGAUUUUGGGAGAGCACCCAAAGCUUGAAGUCGUCAUUGAAGAAUCAUAUGAGUUUAAGAGCACUGUGGACAAGUUGAUUAAGAAGACCAACCUUGCCCUGGUAGUAGGGACACAUUCAUGGAGAGAUCAGUUCAUGGAAGCUAUUACUGUCAGUGCUGCUGGAGAUGAAGAAGAAGAUGAAUCUGGAGAGGAAAGGCUGCCAUCUUGUUUUGACUACGUAAUGCAUUUCCUGACCGUGUUCUGGAAAGUGCUUUUUGCCUGUGUGCCUCCCACUGAAUAUUUAAAUGGGUGGGCUUGUUUUGUGGUGUCAAUUAUUAUCAUUGGCAUUCUCACUGCAAUCAUCGGAGACCUUGCCUCCCACUUUGGCUGCACCAUUGGUUUGAAGGACUCUGUAACUGCAGUGGUGUUUGUAGCUUUUGGCACCUCUGUGCCUGAUACAUUUGCAAGUAAAGUGGCUGCUACCCAGGAUGUGUAUGCAGAUGCUUCAAUUGGAAACGUGACUGGCAGUAACGCUGUUAAUGUGUUUCUGGGUAUUGGUCUGGCAUGGUCUGUGGCUGCCAUCUACUGGGCUUAUCAAGGACAGGAGUUUCAUGUGUCUGCAGGCACCUUAGCAUUCUCCGUAACCCUCUUCACCAUUUUCGCAUUUGUCUGCAUCAGCGUCUUGCUGUACAGGAGGCGACCUCAUAUUGGUGGAGAACUGGGUGGCCCCAAGGGCUACAGACUUGCCACAAGUUUGCUUUUUGUGAGCCUGUGGUUACUUUACAUCUUGUUUGCUACGCUGGAGGCAUAUUGUUAUAUUAAGGGGUUCUAAAGUGAGACCAGAUUAAAACCAGCAACCAACGUGCUGCUCUCACUCUGCAUUAGACUCCCUACUCAAGAUAGUAGGAGCAGAAGGAAUACCAGCCAAUGAAACCCCAUCUUUGGAACUGCUGGACGUUAAUAAAAACUUGAUCCAAAGGACAUUAAGACUGGUACUUUUGGUUGAAGUGCAUUAUAAGAGGUAGUGGUACUCAGAAAGCCAAGAACCCCUAUUAAAAUGUCAAGCGCUUUCUAAUCAGGUACCCUAACACUAUAAGAUGCUGACAAACAGGUUAGGUGAUAUGGUUUGAAAUACAGUCUUUUUAUUUAUUUCUUUUUUUUUUCAAGUAAAAUAGCUAAUGUGCCACCUGGUAGCAAGUAACAUGGCAGUCUAACCAUGAACUCAAUAACUUGAUGGUUAUAACCAGCAAUUAUGUUUCUGAUAUAUUUGUUUUGACUUGUUUCCCCAGCUCUCUAAAGAGUUGCUUUAAAAAAAAUCUUAUUUAUUCUCUAUUUAUGGUAUGUCAUUCAUAGAGCAGCAUUUAAACCUCAGAAGCACCUCCAUUUUGAAACAUACUGGGGAAAUGGAUUAAGGGUUGUUAUUUCCUGUUUUCUUUCUUUUCUUUUUUUUAUGUUCGAAUCAAAAGGGAAUGGCAAUGGGGAAUGCCAAGGAGAAGAAUUACAACCUAUUUUAAUAUCUAGAACUAUAGUUUGAUACAGGUGAUGUAAAGGAGAGAAAGGACAAAUAAUUCCUGUUAAAGAGGACUGUAGGGACUUUAUUAUGAAAUUGGCUGUGAUCACAAUUUGCUGUCUUUUAUAUGGGUUACAAAACAAAAAAUGGUGAGUGUGUGUGUUAGGAUUCUUUUACCUCUCUGCUUUUAGCCAAAACAGCUUUUCCCACCACCUACAGUAUCUUCACUGAGUGGUUUCCAAACAUCUUCUGUGGCAGAAGGAGUUUCCCUCCUUUGAUGUUUGCAGACUUUGCAGCCCACAGAUCACUCCUCCUUUGCUUUGGGCGUUUAGCCCCUGUUACUGCGUUUUCAACAAAUUUAUGUAAAUCCCAUGUUUUCAGCUUUGAUCUUGAUGGUUAUAUGUUUUGCUUUUCCCAACCCAUAAUAAUUUACUCCAUGUUUUUUUUUUACCGUAUCCAAGCCCGUCAACAUGAAGUGGGACUGUUCAGGGAUUAAAAUGUCAUUUAUGAAAGAUGUGAAUGCAUUUGUCUGCAUGAAUUAUUCUCCAUGUUUUAUGUUCUACUUGUAGAACAAAAAAAAUAACACAGUCCCACCAUAUGUUGUGUUGACUUUCAAAUAUAAAACAGAAAGUCCGAAUGUCCGAAACUGGAAUAGAACGAAGAAAUGAAAGUAAGAUACUGUAUUUUAUCCCAAAGACCUGACUAUGAAAAGGAUUCAGUUCCUUGUAUGGAUGCCAUAUGUAUCCCUAGCACAGGAAUAUGAAACUAUAUCAUAUAGUCUUAAACCUAGUAAUAUAUGACUUGAGUGAAAUUGGCAGAUUUUGUCAGCAAGGGCAGUUGUUACUAGUUAAUCGCAAGCAUUCUUAGAAAAUGUGGGAGUAGAUCUUGUAGGGUGCUAAGUACCUUGUGUCAGCCAUAGCAUUGCCUCCCAGACCAAUCCUGAAAUGUCUACUGUGAGUGCUUGGUUUGGGCUCGAAGAAUGACAUAUCCAUGGAGUGUGAAAUUGGUAUUUAAAUGACAAUAUCAAGGAAUUUAAGCCAACAUUCAAAGUAAUAAGUCCAUCACCAUGGAAGACCCAGGCCUUUAUUAUGAGCUAGCAGCAAGGGCUAUGGUCAGAGACAUUGUUUAGCAGUGUGCAAAAAACAAAACCAUGUAUAGAAAUCAAACUUUAAGCUGAAUGGUAUGAGAGAGUAGGCAAACAAAGCAUUAUAUGAUAUCCUGCAGUAAUGGAGCCCGGGGGUUCUGCACAUUGGUUGUAGGCACUCAGGGCACUGAGCCUUAUUUCUGAGCUGAGCACUGAAGCAUCACUCACAGGUUUUACUGAUUUUACUGGAAAUAAAAUGACAAAACCAUUACUAGUAAGAAAGCAAAGCAGUUUCCAUAUGUGGCGAAGCUGUGCUAUACUCUCAUUCUCAUCACUUUUAUAUAGCAAGCAAAUACCACAGCACUUUAUGACUAUUUUAUAACAAUUCGGGGGGGGGGGGGGGUUACAAAAUUAAAUAGAAGGAUAAGAAAAAAGGGUGUAGAUUUUAUAAUGUAAAUAUUAUAUCGACAUUGCAGUGCCCAUACAUGAAUGUAAUUUUACAUGUUUGCUAAAUCUGAAACUAAUGGUGACUGAGUAGUGUUACUUUUUGACA